AUGGAACGUAACCCCCGCGCUAAACGGGGUAUUCCUGGACCGAAUUCAUUAACGCGUUCGUCGACGUACGACCGCCGUUGGGGUUGGCGCUCACAUGGCAUAGGCCCGCCGUUGCAGAACCUGGAGUCAAGCCAACGUUGCCGGCCACUUCCUAGGCCCGUCAAUGGGAAAUCAAGGACCAGUAUAGUAGCAGCUUUCAUUAAUUGCAGAUCCCUUUGCGAUAUGUGGAUGAUACAAAAUGGCACAUUAGUUGAAAGUGCUAUUGUUAAUAUGGACAAAGAAUUAUUCCAAAAGCGAUUGCUAAGGUAUUUUGGUGCAAUGCCUCUAAUUUCAGUAGUUAACAAUGUACUAAAAUGGAGUAUAGGAGAAUUAAAAUUAAGACUUCGGACUAAUAUGACCCAUCAUCUGUAUUCGCAAUAUUUAAAGGGUUUUACAUAUUAUAAAAUGUCAAAUUUGGACACUCGCAUAGCAAAUGCAGAUCAGUUGCUGACAACCGACAUUGAUAAAUUCUGUGAUACAGUAGCUGAUCUUUAUGGAAAUAUUUGCAAACCCAUUUUGGACAUCAUAAUAUAUGUGUAUAGACUGACAGCAAAUUUGGGUGGACAGACGCCGUCUCUUAUGUUAGCCUACUUGUUUGUAUCCGGAGUUUUCUUGACGUACCUGAGGAGACCUACAGGAAGGAUGACCGUAACAGAACAGAAACUCGAAGGCGAAUUCAGAUAUGUUAACAGCCGACUUAUUACGAAUUCUGAAGAAAUAGCAUUUUACAACGGAAACCACCGUGAGAAACUUACAGUUCUCGCCGCUUUCAAGAAACUCACCGACCAUUUAAGAAAGUUCUUGGAAUUCAAAGUAUUUAUUGGCGUUAUAGAUAAUAUAGUAGCAAAAUAUUUUGCAACAUUUGUUGGCUUCCACGCAGUAUCAAUGCCGUUCUUCAAAGCAGAUCAUCCAUUACUCACCGGACAUAAUAAGACGGAACGAUUUAGGCACUAUUAUACUUAUGGAAGGAUGUUAGUAAAAUUAGCUGAAGCUAUUGGCAGACUUGUGCUGGCAGGCAGAGAAAUGACGAGACUGGCAGGUUUUACGUCUAGAGUUACUGAAUUAAUUGUGGUACUGAAGGAUUUGAAUAAUGGGCAUUAUCAAAGAACGAUGGUUACUGACUCAACUAAUGCUGAAGUGAAAUUAGUACCCGGUAGUGGUCGCAUGGUUUAUAAAGACAAUAUUAUCAAAUUCGCAAAUGUUCCAUUAGUUACUCCCAAUGGAGAUGUUCUGGUCAAAGAGCUAAGCUUUGAAGUAAAUUCUGGUACAAAUGUGCUUGUAUGCGGACCCAAUGGUUGUGGCAAGUCAAGUUUGUUCCGCAUACUUGGAGAGCUGUGGCCUUUGUGGGGAGGUUCAAUGACCAAACCUCCUUCGGGAAAACUGUUUUACAUACCUCAAAGGCCUUAUAUGACUCUAGGAACUCUCAGAGAUCAGGUUAUAUAUCCCCACACACGUGAGGAGAUGCAACGACGUGGUAAAUCUGAUGAUGAUUUAACAUCUUAUUUGGAACUGGUGCAAUUAACACAUCUUCAGAGCCGCAAGGAUGGUUGGGAUGCCGUCGAGGAUUGGAUAGAUGUUUUAUCAGGAGGCGAGAAACAGCGAAUUGCGAUGGCAAGAUUAUUCUAUCACAGACCUCAGUUUGCUAUAUUAGAUGAAUGCACCAGUGCGGUCUCUGUUGAUGUUGAAGGAAGCAUGUAUCAAUAUUGCAGACAGGUUGGAAUAACACUGUUCACUGUGUCGCACAGAAAAUCUUUGUGGAAGUACCAUGACCAUGUUCUCCAAUUUGAUGGACAAGGCAACUACACAUUUGGACCAAUUGAAAGUGAUACUGAAGAGUUCGGAUCAUGAGUCAGAUUUUUAGUUUAA